GUGUAAUUCAUGGAAGGGCCAUAUUUUGAUAGGUUCACUCCCGUUUGGUAAGGUUAUAUUGCCCUGUGAUCCAAUUGUCGCCCUCGCAUCAUAAUAAGAUCCAGUGAGGGCAACAAACAAGGGUUAUAUAAAAGGAGCGAUACUAUUCAUUGAGGGACAAACACACGAGGACUUAACUGGCACCAAUGUGAAAUUAUAAUGGGGGUUGUAAGGAAUAUCUGACUUAUCAAUUAAACUGAAAGAAGAUGGCGUACGUAAAACAGUUCCGCGAAACAAAAACCAAGUAAUAGCUGCAAUAAGAUAUCUAUGAAUUGCAUUGCAAAUACAAGACUUAAUACAAAUGGAUUCAUUAAAUCUAUUAAUGACUUUUUUAUGUUUCCAGGGCUAACUUUGACGUAGCAAGCCAACCAUGAAAGCAUCGUGAUUGAAAUUGCAGUUUGAAUUCUGAUCGAUAUACUCUGGUCAAAAGUUUCAAUUUCUAGCAGAGCCUUGUAAGAAAACAUUGAAAUGGACAACGCUUCAUUCACACUUGUUGAUCCUUCAACCGAGGUGACUACCGUUUGGAUCAACAGUUCUCCAGACACAAUAAAAUGUCCCGAUGAAAGAUACCCGCAUCAUCAGUUUUUGGAAAUAUUUGUACCAUACGGCCUUUUGAUUGAUAGAAUGGUUACUCCAAUAUGGUAUAUAAUAGGAGCUAUUGGGAAUACACUCUCGGCAAAAGUAUGGCUAGAAAAACGAAUAAGAAGUAACAACUCUUCAGCCAUAUAUUUAGCAACAUUGGCAAUAUCUGAUUUGCUGUUUCUCAUGUUGCAUAUCCUAGUGGAUCUGAAAUAUGCGUGGGGGUUUCAUCCUCUUAAAUACCCCGUGUUCUGUGAAGUUUUCUUCGUUUUGUAUCUUGUUCCUCAGUACCUCUCACCGUUAUUGGUGUUGGGCUUUACAAUUGAACGUUACAUAGCUGUAUGUCAUCCUUUCAAAAAGGAACGCUACUGUACACCUCAGACUGCCCUGAAGGCUAUUGUCUGCCUAGUUGUUUUCAGCGUUCUCCUCUGCGUUGUCCAAGCCUGGUUCUGGACAUACUCUGACGGAGCGUGUGUCGUCAGGCCCGAGGCUGUUGUCGGCCAUAAUAGUAGUAUUUGGUCUAUCUGGACAUGGAGCACUGAAAUCAUAAUAUUCAUGCUAGUACCUCUGACAAUACUAAUAUUCAAUAUUUUAGUCAUACAAGAGAUAAAACGCUUAAGGAGGAUUGAUUUGAUAUAUCAUCAGGAGCACCACAAGGCCUGGGCUGCCACAACGGUGAUGCUCCUCUCUGUAUCAUUCUACGUGAUCUUCACUACUCUCCCAGCCACUUUGGUUUACUCAAUGACCUACGUAUUACCAGAAAGGACAAAAAAUCUGACAGAUUCUCAAAUCAAAACAGAUUCCACAUGGCAAGGAUAUUUCACGUUUCUUAUGAUUCGAAAGAUUGUGGAAGAGAUUUGUCUGUCACAUUACGCCUGUAACAUAUUCAUCUAUCUCGUUACAGGUGUACAGUUCAGGACGGCUUUAGUCAACGACGCAAGAUGUGUUAUGAAUUCUCUUAAAUUGAUAAAGCGUACUAAGAGCUACAAUCAAGUACCGGACAAGACAAAUAAUACUAGAGAACAAGCAAUUCCACCCAAUGAAAUAAUGAAGACACAGCCACAUCGUAUAGUCACCAAAGUGUAGAAAAUGUCACAAAUUAUUACCAAAAACGUUCUCUUUUUCAACCUACGUAAACGCAGCUACCGAUAAUGGACCUUGUGGAUGGUGGACUGGGGUGAUGCCUACGGGUGUUAUAAUCUUAAAUUACCCAUAUCUAGCUUCAUAUCGACUUUUUCGUGUCAACUUUUUUAUCUAUUUAUCAUCAAACUUCCUAACACUGUGUAUCAUAAAUCUAUGGCACAAAGAUAUAUUAAUGUACAUGUAUAUGUAGUUAACCUUUGAAUAAAUCAGUUUUUAC